UGUGUGUGUAUACGCUAGCGCCGCAUUUAGUGUAGCCGUAUUGUGCAAACGAGCGAUAUAGUCAGAGACAGUAAACGAAAUUCAUCCGAAUUGCUGAAGCAGGGCCUGCCGGACUGUUCGCUUUGCCUUUUCUUUGCUUGUCAUAUUUGUAUUGCCCGUUCGCCUUCGGUUGUCGCGCAGUCGUCUCGCUGCUGCUGCAUCGUCAUCAGUACUAUUGUCAGCUGUGAUGUUGUUGUUAUUGCUUUCGUUGUCUGGCCUGCCUGGCUGUGAUGAUGACGACGACGCUGUCGACGGCGCUGACAACGGCGGCGGUGGGUAGUGUGGUGAUGGCGUAUAUAUUAUGCACAAGCGUUUGUUUGUGUGCGUUCUGUGUAUAGUGGGGGUUUCAACUUCAGUUCGUGGAAAUAAUUUUCGUAACGACAGUUCCACUCGUUUAUGUAUUGCGAAGACGUGAAGACAUAGUGAAGGCCGCGGCGCUUGAAUUUUCGCGUACAAUAAACACUUGGGAGAAAAGUAUACACACAUAGAAAAAUACUAUUAGAAAAUUAUUUCAAAUGAUGCGUUGAGAUGAUAAAAUUUGUGUAGCUAAAAUAAAAAAAAUUAUGUCGCGCAAAGCGAAAAUAAUUCGCCGAAAAAGUCUGGGAAUGAAAACAUAUAAAGAAAAUAUGGAAAGAGGGUGGAAUAAAUAAAUGUGUGGCUGAAUGUGGUGUGGAACUCGAAAAGGUCUCAAGGCAGCAGCUGCAUAUAAUUAUUGUACACAAAACAAUCGAUCGUGUGCAAAAGUUUUGAAAAAUUAAACUGAAAUUAAUAAAAUAUAUGUGUAUAACUUCCGUUACAAUAUGCGGUCCGCUGCUGCCGUGUAAGCAGUCGGAUAUACGUUCGCUCUGCCGCUAAUGUUUCAAUGCUACCAACGCAGAGCGGUCGUAUGUAUGUGUGUAGUGUUAUCUGUGCCGUGUUUACACCACAAUAAAAAACAGUAGCGUGUAACCGUCUUGCGCAAAAUAAAAAGAAAGCCAAUACAAUAACAAAAAAGUGAAAGAAUCACAACACAAAAUCAGGGAGAAAGUUGUCAACGCGGCAGUUGCUCACGCGAGAGGAAUACGAAAAAAAUAACCGAUUAGUUCAUAUUUACACAUGUGUGUAUACAAAAUUUGUGAAUACCCGCAUUCAAAUGUGGCACCCUGUAAGCCGCAUUCAACAACAACUGUGAAACUCGUAUUCUAGUGCAUAAAAAUAAAGUAGCAGUGCUACUAUCAAUAAUUUAAAUAAAGUAGAAAGCAAGCGUGCAUUCUUACAAUAACAAAACAUAAUUGUUUUUCCGAUUCCUAUUGGAAAAUAUCCUACUUCAAUGUUUGACAUUUGAGCGAUUUUAUUAUAACGUGAUUGACUUGAGAGCGCGCGCGCCAGCCGGUUGGGCACGGCUUCACCUCUUUGAAAUCCCUUAAGUGUGGAAAAAUUAAUUCAAAUAUUCAAACGCUUAUAGUUGGCAGUUAAUUUAAGCCGCAGUUGAAUUUUUGUUGUCUGCCAAAAUUACAUCAAUCAACUAAAGUGCUGCCAGCAUGUCUGCUGAUAUACAGAUAGUCAGCGUGAUUGGCGCCAACGGCCAACCGCUUCCCAUACAUGGGAACAGCAUCGGCUCGAAUUGGAGUGCGCCCGUGAAGCAGGAGCGCGCCGAUGAGGCUGAGAUUCAGGAGUUGGCGGCCAAGAUGAUGGAAACACAGAAAGCUGCUUUGGCUAAGCAACAGCAACAGGCUGCACAGCUAGCUACACGGCAGCAGCAGCAGGUUGGAGUUAUGCAAAUUUCGAACAACAACAACGGUCAGGCAAACAUACUGAACUACUUAACACGCCAACAGAAGCUGCCGAAUGGUACUAAUGCAACAGCCACCAAUGGCAAUGGACGCAAUUGUGCACCAGGGGCACAACAAAAUGGCAAUGGCAGUAAUGGUGACGCCACGAGUGAGAAGAAAUCCCCAUGCGAUGAAGAAUCGCAGAAGGGGCACUUUGGUUGGACCACAUUUGGCAAAACUUACAUUCCAUACAUCUAUCGACAGCAGGAGAAAUAUUGUUCGGUACGCAUGAUUGAAAUGAAGCUAUUGGGCAAAUAUCUCAACUGCUUGCAUCCGGACAUAUAUUCAAGCUGCACUUGCGUACGGAGUUACUAUAUAACGGAAGCGGAGGCUCGACUUCUAAUUGAAAUUAAUAUAAAACACUGUGAUGGUGAGUUUGGACGCGACAUCUUCACACAAAAAGAUUUGGUGGUUCGCCUAUCGGACGCAACCAAAUUCUAUCAGUUCCUAGACAUUUGCUACCGAAAACUCAUCUCGGGCAGCAAGUCACCUUCGGAGAAGUGCGGUUUUAUACGUAUUAACAAGGAAUCGGUAGUGCCGUAUACGGUGCGCAACAAUGAGCAAGUGGUGCCGCUCUUCUAUUUCGAAGGAGAAACGGAGAAUCUCAAACAGAAAGCGGACUAUCUCUCCGGUUGGGAUUUGGCUUAUUUGAAGUUCUGUUGCAAAGUUCAGGGUAUACGCAACGAAUUGUUCUCCAGCGAGAAUGUUGCAGUCAUCUCACUAACAGAUAUCAAAAGUUAUUUCCCCAAUGGCACCGAGUUUGAGGACUAUUGGCCCAGCAAAGUGGUUGAUUCAAAUUUGCUCAUUGGCAAUCGUACAAAUUCAAAUAAUUCAGUAAAUUGGACUCGACAACCAACGCAACCGCCGCCAAAAGUGAUGUCACAAUCGAGUAUGUUGCAAAAGCAAACAGCCGCGGCAGCGGUUGCGGCACAACAACAACAUAUGAUGAAACGUGGCGCCAACGCCUACACAACACAAUCUUCCACGGCAGCGGCGGCGGCGGCGGCUGCAGCUGCAGCAGCAGCUUUGCAACCCAUGCAACAGCAGCAACCCAAUCCACGGAUACACCCAUCAAAUGCCGCGUUAGCGACAGUGCAGGCAUUGACAAAUACUUGGAUGCAGCAGCCGUUAAUACAUGCACAAAUGCUGGCAACUCAGGCGCAACAAUCUCAUCCCAAUCGUGCCCCGCAAUAUCAACGCAGUCCAAUGGAGAAUAUCCUGCUUGGCAGUCGGCCGACGUAUGCGGCCUAUAAUAAUCCAGCGAUUUCAAUGCAGCCCGUGAAUAGUCACAAUCAAGCGAAUGCACCGCCACCUUUGGUGCGUUCUGGCGCGGGCCAAGGCGCCAACCAUAUGUCAAAUGUCGAGCAAACUAUGCUGCAACAACAAACACAACAGCAACAACGACACACCUCCACCUCCUCCGCCUCUCCUCACGCGUCAGCAAACCAUUCCCAAAGUCAGUCCCACCCUCUUUCUCAUGUUCACGCUGCAUCUGACGCGUCUAGUGCUGCCAAUCCAUACAAUUUUAAUUUUCCUUCCUCUGCCGCUGAUUUGGCCUUUUGGAAUCGUUUAACGCCCUCCCAACGCCUUUUGCUUACACAACAAAUAAAAAGUAAUGGUACUGUCGUAGGUACUGCCGCUGCUUCAAGCGCAGAGCGUUCGAAUAGCAGUGCCAGCAUUGGCGCGAGUAAAGCGCCAGGGUUUCCUAUAUUUCCCUCGCUACCAUUGGACACUGAUUUAAAAACUAUGCUGGACUAUAAUCCACAUAAGCAUGGCAGCAAGAAUAAUGCGUCCGCGGCUAGCUCGGCUAAUGGACAGUUUACGAAACCAUCAGUGCCACCAUUAAUUCCAGUGAAUAACUCUGCGGAUGUUUCUAGCAAGCGCAACAUCGCUAGCACAAGGGCUAGCACCGAGCGUCAUGCGAGUACCUCCUCGUCAUCCACCUCCUCUUUGGCUUCAUCAACGUGUGCUACAGUACCGCUGAAUUCAACAGCAUCACUGGAAGAUUUUGAAAAGAAGUUCAAAAUGACAGAUGAAAUGAAGGCGGUGGUUCAGAAAGUACUUUCCAAUCCCGACUUAUCUACGUUCAUUCAGACGAAUUCGUCACAAAAUUUUGUUCCUUUCAUGUCGCCACCAAUUUCGCCGGCGCCCUCCCUCUCCAUUGUACCGAAUCCGAAUGUAACUAUAACUCCACACAUACCCUCUCAAUAUUCCCACUCGUCGCACACAUCUACGGGUGGUAGCGGUAGUGGGCGUCAGAAAAGUGUAAUUUGCUCCACCAGUGCAGCGAUGAACGUGCCUCCCUCACCUUCAACCUCAAAUUCUACGUCAACACCUUCCCCAUCGCCCACACGAUCGCACGGCUCAUCCGGCGGCUCGGGUUCUGGUGCGGCCAACAGUGGCAGCCAUUAUUCCUCCCAACAUUAUACUAGUCACCAACACCACCACUCUUCCCACCACCACCACAGUCAAAACCAUAGCCACCACCAACAAACCCAUCAUCAGAAUACACCACCAAUGGAAGUAAUCGAUUUGUCUUCCCCUCGAAGGUCGGUGCAAGCUGCCUCCGCCUAUCUACAACAGCAGCAGGAAGCGCAUCAAGCCGCAGUCGCAGCUGUACAGCAACAGCAACGCUUAGCCGCCGCUGCUCAGCACCAUGCGCAACAAAAUGGUCGCACUGCGGGUGGCUCCUCAGCGAACGCUAACUCUGCAAGCAUGCAUUUACAACGGCAUGCGGCAAUGGCCGCAGCUGCUGCCGCGAAUAACGCGCAACGGCUAUCGAUCAUACCGGAGAUGCAGCAGUACGAGCGUGCGGCCAACAACAUGGGCAACCAGCCGUACAAGGUGCAGAAAGUGUAUGUCGACAACCGCCUGGUGCCGUGCAUUAAUAUGAAGGCGUACAAUGACUCCGAUCAGCUUAUGACGCUCACCGAUUUCCAGAAGAAUUUCUUCCCCCAUGAGUCGCUGGAAAACUGCAAGGUGCUGAUCGAGACGCUAGGCGUAGAGCUGUACAAGGGCAAUAGGCGACAACUCCAGGUACUUAUGGAAAAUGAUCGCUCUCACAAUGAGAAUAUACCGUUGGUGCAGGUUCGCGAUGUCAUGAAGUACAUGAAGCAGCUGUUGUUUAUGACUCGAAACCAGGAACAGCCGCCUUCAAAGCGAACACGUAUAAGCUAG